GAGAAGACCUGGUCGUUAAAGACAAGGCUUUGAGAAAUCAGGAUGUGGAGGCAACGAGGAAGCGGAAGCGCGACGACGAGGCGCCCAGGCAGAGCUCACCUCGAGAGGAGCUGAUUAAGGAAGUCUUUGUACAUUUCGACUCCAAUCGUGACGGCUUGCUGCAAGCUUCAGAGAUGCUUUCCUUCGCGCGUUCGGUGGGCUUCGACGGCGCAGAAGAUCAGUGGGACGAGGAGUAUCGGCUCAUUUGCGACGGCCUCGGCCUUCGGCCAGAGCAUGGCAUUGACCACAGCUCCUUCUUCCGGCUGGUGAACGAGGACACAGACGACGGGUGCUACUGCUCGGACAAGGACUGCCAUCGGAGUAGUGGGUCCCGAAUGUUCCAAGCAAAUGCCCGCGAGACGCUGAGCCCUUUCUACUGUUUGCACGAUACAGCUCGCUGA